AUGUUCCUCCUCCCCAUCUUCUCGGAGGAGAUGACACGCAGCAGUCCCUCUCUUCUGGAUGGCUGGCUCGCUUUUCUAAUUUUGGUCCGUAUCACUGAAAGUCAAAACCCGAAUACCCACACACAUACUUUGAAUACUGGGGAGAGCCAAAGGCCCAAAAGAACACCCAGUCCGCGCACCCGCACGGCUAACUCCGAGGUGUCCAUCUCAUUCACCUUGUUACACUGGAUGCAGAAUGAACCGGGUCGCCAACCAGAUAUGGGAAAAGCUCCUGGGGUGCCCAUUCGAAAACAAGUCAUGUAUCCUAUCACACUCCCCCUCCAUACCGACCUGCCACGCUCAAGGCCAAAUGCUCGUCGGUCCAAUCGCGGCGAUGUCGGACAAGGCGCCCAGCGUUGGUGGCAUCGCGUACGCUCCCCGAUCCACUCGCCCUUGGUAAGAGCUUUGGACGCGCGCUUUGUCUAG